GAAGUACACAGUUAAAGAAAAUUAUUUCACGUAACUGUGCAAAUAUAUUUCUUAGCCAUUUCUGCUCCAAAAAAUAUGAUACUGAGAACAAAAAAUUUGUCCAGAUGGUCGGUAACUUUGACGAAAUUUUUUAUGAAGUAAAUCAAGGGUACGCAGCUGACUUUUUACCCUUCUUGACACCGUUUUUAAAGAAGAAUAUGAAUAGAAUGAAGGCAGUUACUCAUGAAAUCAGACAAUUCGUUAACGAGGAGAUCAUUGAAAAAAGAUACCAUGAGUUUGAUGUGGAUUCGGAACCUAGGGACUACGUAGAAAAUUUGAUCAAAUCAGUUAAGGAUGACGAGGUUGACUUCACGUGGGAAACUGCUUUAUUUGCUUUAGAAGAUAUCAUUGGUGGACAUUCUGCCGUGGCAAAUUUUUUGGCGAAAUUAUUUGCGUUUCUAGUCAAUUAAUCCGAGGUCCAAAUAAAAAUUCAGAACGAAAUUGAUGACAACGUAGGGAAAAACAAGCUCGUUACAAUUGGAGAUAGAAAUGCUUUGCCAUACACUGAAGCUGUUAUUUAUGAAGCUAUUAGACUAAUUUCUUCACCUAUUGUACCUCGAGUUGCCAAUAGAGACAGUU